UCAUUUCCGGUUUUAGUUGCUGUUUCUGCUAAUAGUCUAUAGUUGUCAGCACUGGUGAUCCUUUCUUUCUGCAUAUGGCGUGUGUCUAGACUUGAGUUCCAGCUAACAUCGCCAUGCAGAUCUUUGUGAAAACUCUAACCGGAAAGACCAUCACACUCGAGGUCGAGUCUUCGGACACGAUCGAGAACGUGAAGGCUAAAAUCCAAGAUAAAGAAGGAAUCCCACCCGAUCAGCAACGAUUGAUCUUUGCCGGUAAACAGCUCGAAGAUGGAAGGACACUGUCCGACUACAACAUUCAGAAAGAGUCCACCCUGCAUUUGGUGCUUCGUCUCAGGGGGGGAGCCAAGAAACGCAAGAAGAAGAAUUACUCGACCCCAAAGAAAAUCAAACACAAGAAGAAGAAGGUCAAGCUUGCAGUUCUUAAAUUCUACAAGGUGGACGAGAAUGGAAAAAUCCAUCGAUUGAGGCGGGAAUGUCCGUCCGAACAGUGUGGCGCUGGAGUGUUCAUGGCUGCCAUGGAAGAUCGUCACUACUGUGGAAAGUGUGGGUACACUCUUGUAUUCAAUAAGCCGGAGGACAAGUAAAUUUAUAUCACAGUUUUUUUUUUGUAUUUCACUACUUUUUCUGAAUAAAUAGUAG